UCAGUUUGCUAACGACAGGCGUUUGAUGCGGACGCGACUAAGCAAGUAAAGAAUACGUAAAAUCUCGCGGGCAGCAAACUAACAUAACUUACAGCGAAAAAUAUUGUUUUAGCCAGCCCUGAUUAUGUUUUUUGUGUUUCAAUUUGUAAUAUGCGCCGGGUGCCGAGUUAAAUUUUGAAAAAGUUCAAAAACCAAAUCUCAAAAAUUGACCAAAAAGUCAGCCAAAAUAAAACUACAAAACUUAUUUGGGCUUAAAAAAAAAAAGAAAAAAUCGACAUUAAGAAAACGAAUUCUGCAGUAGGAGUUUACAAUGAAGGGCUGGUUCGACGCAUUUCGGGAUGACGGUGGUCCAACGCUUUAUUCCUUCUCCAAUCGUACCCCAGUUACAGGCGACGUAUCGAUUGUGGCCGUAUCUGUACUUUUCGCCACAUUCUAUGUGGCAUUUCUGGUCAUAUUUCCUGGCGUAAGAAAACAGAAAUUCACAACAUUCUCAACGGUCACAUUAAGCCUCUUUGUGGGUUUGGUUAUUUUAAUUACCCGCUUGGGCUCUGCAUGGCAUGUUGCACAUGCAACCAUCAUUGCGCCAUACAAAGCCUUCUCACGCGAGAAGCUGCCUGCACGAAUCGGCACCCAUAUUGGACUCAUGCAUGUCAAUGUAACACUAACGGCCAUACCAAUCGGCAAUUGGACUUCCCCAGAUAUUGAUUAUAAUGAGCGCUUUACAUGGGAGGGCGCCAACGAUAUGAGUGCCAAUUAUCGCCUGGCCUUGCAACGGGGAUUACCAUUUCCGAUUCUUACUGUGGCCGAGUACUUCAGUUUGGGACGAGAGGGUUUCUCAUGGGGCGGACAAUAUCGGGCUGCGGGCUACUUUGCUAGCAUUAUGUUGUGGGCAUCGUUGGCGUCGUGGCUGCUGAUGAAUCUUUUGCUGUUGGCAGUGCCCCGAUAUGGCGCCUACCUCAAGGCUCUAACAGGUGCCCUGUUGGUAUGCACAGCAGUGGGAUAUCAUUGCCUACUGCCUCAGCGGCCGCUGUGCAUAUUCCUGGAAGGAGGACGCCUGGAGUUUAGUUUUGGCUGGUGUUACUGGCUCGUCCUUAUUGCAGGAAUCCUAUGCUUUAUUGCUGGCGUGUUGAUCUCAAUUAUUGACUUGGUCUGGCCACACACUUUCUCCACCGUUUUGGAAGUUUACUAUGGCACUCCAUAUGACCGCCAUGUUAUCUUAGAGGAGUCAAGCGACGUGCGCUACCGCAAGCCGCGUAAUAGUCGUGGGUUGGAGGAUCCUCCUGGUCUAGGCUCCCGCAUACUGCGACGUCUCAGCUCUAAAGCACGUGAUAUGCAGGCCACAGCUCCUCGGCGGGGAAGUCCUGCUGGCGUUUCAAGUAAUGGCGUCGAAAACAAGGCAUUCCAAGGCGAUGCACCCAAAAGUCCCUGGCGACAUCCUUUCAGACGCGCUCAGCACUUAACACACUCCCAGCAGCCUACGCAUCACGCCGCACUGCCACACCAACACCAGCAUCAUCAUCAACAACAGCUGCAAUUUGUGGGCGGAGGUCACAUUGUUGAGCAUCCUAUGCAUCACAUGCAACGCACUUUGUCCCAGGACUCUGGGUCUAGUAUUGCUUCGGCUGCAGCACAAAUUUCGCCUUUGCAUAAACAUACUUUGGCGAGAAUGUUGCCUAAUCCACCUGUGGAGCGUAUUCGUGAUAUGGAUCACUGGUAAAGGCUUUUGCAACUAGAGUCUAAAUCAUAGGCUUCAUCGACAAAUUCUUGACAAUACAAAUAUAAAAUCAAAAGAAAACUAAUAUAUAGUACUUUAAUUGACGAAAACACGCUACAAAACAAUUUGUGAUAAUUUCCUAAUUUAAAAAAUAAAAACAAAAAAGUAAAAAAUGCAAGUAAAUCAAAAUUGUAUAAGCUUUUAUCUGACGUAUUUAAAAAAAUUUGAUAAAUCUAAAGCACUAAUUUUAAAUAAAUUAUUUUAAAUAUUUAAGUCAUAAGAAAUUGUAAUCGACGCAGCCCGAAAAUGAAAAGCAUUAAAUAUUUAUUUGUGAUAAGAUAAUUGUAAAUCUACGACACAAUCUUGUGUAAAUCUACCUGCAUUUUAGCUGUUAUUAUCAAUUAGAUCAAUAUUUCAAUUACUUGAUAGCUAUUCCGGAUUUUGAGGUAAUUAAUUAUUAUUCCUACAAUGAAAUCCAUGCCAGUAACAAUUAGUUUAGUGAAUAAAUGUAUGAAAAUUGUAAAUGUGUAAUCAUGUAAGGCACUGUAAGAUCUGACGAUAUAUAAAUUUAAAGAAAAAACAACGACUUGAAUUUUAAAUAUGUUUUACUUUAGUAAUAAUAUAAUAAUAACAAUAUUCUUGGCAAUUUAACUUUCAAGAAAUUAUAUGAAAUUGCAAACCGAAAGAUUUCAUUUGAAAUUGUUGAUGCUAACUUACAAAUAUAUAGAUUAUUUAGUGUAUUCACAAUAUCUAUGUAUAUGCAAGUGA